AUGACCGAUGAUCAAAAGAUUUUAAAAUCAAAGCCGAAAGUUUUAAUUUUUGGUGAAGUCAAUACCCACACCGAUGAUUUUAAAAGAUUUGCCAAAAGAUUUGAGUACGAGUUCUACAAUCUUACUACAAAAGAAAAAUUCAUUGAAGACAUUCAAACUAUUCAUAAUGAUGUAGAGGCGUUUUGGUGCAUGUAUUUUGGAUUUAUUCCUAUUGGAGGGUUAACUAAAGACCUGGUUGAGUAUUUACCAUCAGGUCUUAAAAUUAUUGUCACCAGUGCUGUCGGCUAUGAUCCUUUUGAUGUGGUGGCACUAGGAGCUCGCGGAAUUUCUGUUUGUAACUCACCGGGUCUUGCAGCCAAUCCUGUUGCAGACCAUGUUCUUUACGUCACUUUAGGACUUUAUCACUACUCACCGGUAUUUGAAAACUUACUUCGUCAAACUAAAAAUACAGGUGAUUGCAGGGCAAUUUUACAGUCUGGACUUCCAUGGAAUAAUGAAAUUGGAAGACCAGUUCUUUGUAGGGUGCCUUCUGAUUCCAUUACUGAUGACCAGGCUAAUAUCCCUGUUAAGCCAGUUUAUGGAUUUGGAGACAAAGUCGGUAACCGGUUUGUGCGCCAACCCCGUGGUCAUGUAGCUGGUAUUGCAGGACUUGGUGCCAUUGGAAAAGAAAUAGGCGCACGUUUAAACUCGAUUGGUAUGAAUGUCUGCUAUCACAACCGUACAAGAUUGAAUCCAGACGAAGAAGCAAGACUUGGUUAUGCUGCCACAUACUAUAAAUCCUUUGAAGAUAUGCUGCCGAAUAUCGAUUUGCUCAUUUUGUCGCUGCCUAUUAAUGACUCGACUAAACACAUUGUUAAUGAGAAUACUUUAGCCCUUCUUCCUCAAGGGUCUAAAAUUGUGAAUAUUGGUCGCGGUGGACUUAUUGAUACUAGGGCUUUGAUCCAAAGUCUCAAAACUGGGGAAAUUCAUGGUGCGGCAUUAGAUGUUUUUGAGAAAGAGCCUAUUGUAGAAGAAGAGCUAUGUGACCGCUGGGAUGUUAUACUUACGCCGCAUACUGGCUCUUCGACUCAAGAAAACGUUCUAGGCGCAGAAAAAAUUUGCAUUGAUAAUCUUUUAAAUUUUUUUUACAAAGAAGAUAAACUCAUAACAAUUGUAAACAAGGCAUAUUUAUCUUUAAAAUAA